AUGGGAAAGAAAAAGAAGCUUGGUGGCGGGCAGACGUGCUGUGUGCCGAACUGUAAUAACAACACGCUGAAGCACCGGCACUUCACCUGGCAUUCGUUUCCAACGAAUCCAAAGUACAGGACAGAAUGGCUGAGGCGAAUAAACCGUGUCGGCGCUGGUGGUCGGUAUUCGCUGUGGGAGCCAGGCAAGCACCACAAAAUCUGCGGUGCACAUUUCAACACCUCUGGGCGCCGUGGCUAUAUGGAUCGGCUGCCGACCAUCUUCUCGCAUCGAAGAACGGCUGUUGCAGAAAGUGAAACCAGGCCAGCGGCGCAACUGCAGGACGAACUCAGUAUCGCUUUGAACACGGAGAUUCACAUUGAAUCAUCAGGAGAUCACAGAUACACAAUACCUGGCUGCCCAAGCGAGGUGCUGUCAGCAAACCUGGCCAAGGUACACACCUUGACUGAGGCCUGCGAAAAGCUCGAACAAGAAAAUGCUGCACUCAAGGCAAAGAAUGUAGCCCUGGCACAGGUACUGAGUGUAGUGCAGAACAGGAGAGGAGCCCAGCCAACUAUCUGCCACUCAAAGGUCACUAAAGUAUUUAAAUCAAAAUUGGACAUGUUCAUCAGGGAUGAAAAAACCUUGCAGUUUUAUACCGGCUUUAGCUCAAGGACAAGAUUUGAUGUGUUUCUCGGACUAGUAACAACUAAAUACAAUGAUGUGAAAUCAGGGCUAGGCAGACCGUGUGUCCUUUCCGUUGCUGAGCAGCUUGUACUAGUUCUUGCGAGGUUACGUGUCGUAUUGCUUGAGCAAGACUUGGCAAUCCGAUUUGAUGUACACGUGUCAACAGUGAGCAAUCUGUUCACAUUUUGGGUCGAUUUUCUAUACAGUAUCCUGACGCAGCUGCCCAUCUGGCCAUCUAGGACACUUGUUGACCAGUUCAUGCCAGAGGGAUUCCAGUUGCUUUACCCGUCAACAAGGAUAAUUCUUGAUUGUACAGAGCUCUUUAUUGAAAUUCCCUCAGAUUUUAGAGCGCAGAGUGACACAUAUAGCUCGUACAAGAGUCACAAUACGGCUAAAGGACUCAUUGGCAUUACUCCCAAUGGACUGAUCUCAUUCAUUUCUGACCUCUCUCCUGGAAGGAUUUCAGAUAGGGACAUUGUACGACUUAGCGGCUUAUACAACUUGCUGGAACCUGGAGAUUCUGUAAUGGCAGACAGGGGAUUCCUGAUAGCAAACGAUCUUGAAGAACGGGGUGUCAAGCUUAAUAUUCCACCUAUGCUGAAAGGCAGGGCACAGCUCCCACGGAAUGAGGAAAGUGAGACAAGAAAGCUGGCAAACCUCAGAGUCCACGUAGAAAGAGCCAUUCGGGAAGUGAAGAAUUUUAGGAUACUGCACAACAUGUUCCCAAACACAAUGGCUUCCAAGUUGAAUAAAAUCUGGAAAAUAUGCUGCCACCUCAACAACUUUAUCCAUGAGCCGCUUCUUGACAGGACAAAGAUAAAUUAG